GAAAGAACGAGAAAUCAAAUUGGUUUACAUUAACUCGUGAAAAAGGGAUUACAGAUAUUGGAUAUUGAAUGCCUUGGCGCACACAUAUUUUCUGUGCUACACUUCUCAAUAUUUUAUUAAAUGGCGUGAAAAAAAAAUGGAUGCAAUUGUUGCUUUGUGUCAUUUCUGUGAACAACAUGGUCCAUCAGUAAUUAUGUGUACACAGUCAUUUAAACAACCACAAUCAAAGUUAUCUGUAAAUAAUGCACCCGACGUUAAUAAUGCUACCACCACUAAUCAUAAUAUUAAUAAUAAUAACAAUAAUAAUAAAGAUGUAAACACAUAUCAAAGAAAAAUAUCUAGUCAUGCUUUACAAGGUAGUGAUGAUGCAAUUUUUACUGGAGUGGAUGUUUCACCUAUACCCAUCCCAUCAUCAUCAUCAAGAUUUUCAAUAAUGUCAUCAAAUGUUAAUCAACAACAAUUACAUCCCACUUGUAAAGCAUGUUCAUCAAUUUUGUUACGUGAUGAAUUGGGUAUUAUUAGCUAUGAUCAUUCGGUCAAUCUUUCAUAUAUUUCUACUCAAUUUCCAAAAGAUGCUGAUUUAGCAACACAUGUUCGUAAUGCUUGUUUACGAAGUCUUUCUAGUGAGGUUUGUCCAGGUCAAGUUGGUGCAUUUUACUUUGGUGAUGAAAUAAAUGGUCAUGUAUUCAGUUAUAAUUUCCCUUUGAAUGAUUCACGUGCACGUGGUAAUCAAAGUCGUUUCAGUAUAUUAGUAUUAUCGUGGGAUAAGAUAUACUUAUUGAAUUUAUGGUCAUUUUUAAUAUCAAAUAUAUCACGAAUGGUUUCUCGUCUACGUCUAGCUGCCAAUCGUGUAUUCAAUGAUGAAACUUCAGAUAACAAUAAUAAUAAUAAUAAUACAACAACAACUAAUACUACUCUCAAUACUACAAUGACACAUUCCAAUCCAACAAAACCAAUCACACCAUUAAGACGAUGCGCUACACCGCCAGCUUCAUUAGCUCCAAAUCUUUAUAAACAAGCAAUUGCAGCCGGGAAUGCUGUUACAGCCGGCUAUGGUUUAUAUAGUCAUGCAACACUAGGAAGAGAAACAAAACAGAAACGUGCUACCGAUUUAGAUAUGCGUUCAUUGGCUGAUUUAACUAAAGAUGAUCAAAUAUUCUAUCGUCUUCAUGCAUGGUUCACCUGGUUACUUCGUGCUGGUGGACGUCGUUGGAGUAUAGUACCACCGGUGAUUGCACCGCCAAUUAAUGAAGAUUCUAUUGUAGCUCAAGAAGAAUAUGAAGCAUUUAUUUCAGCUGGUUUUGAAUAUUUAACUACAUCGAGUUCAAGGAAUACUACUACUACAACAACAACAACUACUACUAACACUACUACUAGUAGUAGUGUUAGUGUUACGUCGUCUUCUGCUGCUGCUGCUUCCGCUGUUUCCUCGAUCAUCGGUAACCAAUCUGCAUUAUCUAAUUAUAAAUUUGGUAAUAAUAUUGGUCAGUCAAAUGGUUUCACACUCUUGUCAAAAUCAUUCAAUACUACUGCUAAUACUACUACUACUGCUAGUAGUAGUAAUAAUAAUAAUAAUAACAACAGUACAAGGGAUUCAUCAAUCGAGACAGAUUGUCAUAAAAAACUAUCAUUAUAUUUAAAUAAUAUGUCUGCAGAAAUGACCAAUUCCAUCUCAUUUAUGAUAUUAUUCCGAUUAUUCACUGUACUUGGUAUCAGUUCAUUUGGUCGAUUAGUUCAACAUAUUGCUGUUGGUAAUCAACUAGUAGUACAAUCAUUAACUGAAGAUGUCCAUUCAACAUUGACAUUGUCAGCAUUAGCUAAACUAUUACCAAAAGGAUGUAUUAGACAGGUGAUAGCAAGUCAUGAAUAUUUGGCACCGUUUCGUUGUAAUCUAUUAAGUGUAACCAGUAAUUUAAUCAUGUUAGAAGAGGAUGUCAAUAUGGCAAAAGAUGUUUUAUAUUUAUCAGUUUAUCGUUGUGAAUGUAAAUCAGCAACACCGACAACCACAACAACAACGGCUACUACUACUACGAAUACUACUGAAAUCAAUGAACAAUCUUUUCUGCAGUCAUAUGUUAAUUCUUUACAUUUUAAAUUAUGUUCAACAAUGCCAACAUUCGAUUCAGAAUUAAUCGUAUACAAACAAUCAUUACCUUGUCGUCAUUUCUCUCCCCCAAAUCAUCCAUCGGUGGCAACAAUCUCACGACAACUUUUAUCAAAUACUACUAGUACUCAUACUACUAACACUAUUACGAAUACUACUCAUAAUAGCAGUAGCAGUAGUAAUAAUAAUAAUGAACGCAUCGCUCUAUCGAAUUAUGCCCAGCAAAUUAUUAAAUUAUUCACUAUUAAUCCAAUUUUCAAAUCGAUGGAUGUUUAUUCUAUCGCUUUGUCCACUAUACAACAUGAAUGGAUUAAUCGAGCACGUUUAUUGUAUUCAUUUAAACGUUGUCAAGCAUCUUCAUUGAGUGGUGAUGAAGCUAAUCGUCGUUGGACUAGUUUACUCAACGCUAUCAAUUGUCAAUCAGUAGAAAAUGCAUCAGUGGCAAGAUUUUGGCAAGGUGCUCUUAGUCAAUAUUCACGUAAUCAUAUAUGUCAUUUACGUAAAUGUCCAACAGCGUCCAACUCGACGAAUACAUCACGACGUGGUUCAUUCAGUUCCAGUAAUGCUGAUUUAAAUGCAGCUGUUUUCGCUUCGGCUUCUACAAUCAGUUAAUCGAUUGAUUGAUUGAUUGAUUUCUCUUUGCAUGAUCAUGCUUUUUCUCUCUCCCUCUUGAUUUCUAUUUUGUAAAUUAUUUGAGUAUUAUGAUGAUGAUGAUGAUGAUGAUGAUGAUUAUUGUCAUCGUCGGUUCGUCCAACUCUCUUUAUCUGUCUGUCUCUCUGUCUCUCUCUCUCUCUCCCUGUCACUCUCCUUCAUAUCAUUCAUUAUGUAAUUCACAAAUUAUGUGUAUAAAUUCAAUUUGAUUUGAGUUCAUUGAUUUUUACUUAUUCAUAAUUAUACUACUACUAAUACUACUACUCCUACCUUGUAAAUAAACAUAUAACCAACCAACCACCACUAUUAUUAUUAUUCCACUAGUUUCCGGUGUUUUUAUCAUCCAUACUUGAUCAUAAACGAACGAUGAACUAACUGCUGUUGUUGUUGUUGUUUACAUGAAACCAACUAGUUAGAGUUGUACCCGGUGUGUCUGUCUCUGUGUGUGAUUUUGUGUUGAGAUGACACUGUAAAAAAAGCAAGAACAGCUAUACCUUACUGUCUGCUUGCUGCCUUGUAUCUUCUUACAAACUGUUCUAGCCUGACACCGACAAUUGACAAGGAAAAUUAUCUUCCAGCACUGAUUAUUGUGUAUAGUUGUUAUUUAGUAAUUCAUUUUAUACACAAAUGUACUAUACUUCAUCUUUGAUCAGUUUUUUAUCACGCACACAAACUCCGACCCAUUCGUCCGACUAUUCACAGCCCAUUACUUGCUGACAUGUAUUGCUCAUGUAUAAAAGAAACAAAAUGCAUUUUGCUCAUUCUGUCAUGUGAUUAUUAUUAUUAUUAUUGUAGUCUUAAUAAUUGUAUAUUUUCAUGUAUAUACAUAUAUAUAUAUAUAUCUAAAAACUAUGUCUAUAUACUUGAAAUUGUGUACAAGUUGUUGACCAAGAACUCCGCUGCUGAAUUGAGCAGCUGUCAAGUUGUUUUGAGCCAAUCAACAUUGAAAGCUGAUUCAAGGUUUUUGUCAUUUCAUUCUGAUUGGCGCUUUGUACUGUGGUAUCGGAAAAACACAUUUUCCAUCUAACUUAUAUAUUUUAUCAUCAAUCGAUCGAUCGAUAUACAGAUAUAUCUGCUUGUUUUUUUAUAUUGAUACUCAUUAUUAUUGUAAUUGUACAUAAUUCACUGUAUAUUUAUGAACGAUGAUCAAUCUCGUCAUUGUCAUUGACGAAAAAUGUUUUGUGUGUGUUCGUGUGCGUGCAUGUGUGUAACUUUGUUGAUUUUGGGUCUCAUUAUGUCAUUUAUUGAUGCAUAUAAUUUCAGGUUUGACAGCAAAGAAUUUAC